AGAGGCGUUCAAAGGAAAGUUGAGAAACAAAAGCGCAGCAGGGAAAAAUAAGAUGGAGCUAUAACCACCACAAGUUGAAGGAUAGGAUACUUUAGUUCAGGACCGGUUCGCGAUGGUACGUCCGCAAAGGGUAGAGGCGGAGUAGGAUGUUUCCGCAAGCGGACGAGAGAUAUAUCUACCGGGUGGGAAGAGGAGAGCGGGGAGGGCGACGUGGGCAAAUAGUGGCCGCUGGCUGUCAACACACACUCUGACAACGCCCAUGAUGGGCUCAGGAACGACAAAGAUUCCAGCCAACAUGCCCACGCAUACCCUCCGCGCAGCCCGCGCAGCCUCUACGCAUACCUCAGCCCGACUGAGACAUCAACAAGUCCGUCGCAACGCCCCGUCAACGCCCUUGCCGUUUGCGAACAAAUUCCUCACGGUCACAUUCCUGCCUCGGCCGGCCUAUUGUGUAAGCCCCGGCCUACUGGGAAUCAGUUUUGUCAGUUCUCGCUGCCCAGCUCCACGGUGGCUUGGCCGAUGGCUGGAAUGUUCCGCAAGGAAUGGGCGUUCACCAAGCGCGUCAUGUUCUCAGGAGCCCAUCACAUCUGUAGGACAGACCAUCUGCUGCCUCUGCCGGAGUCAAGAGCCACAAAGCUCCCGCGAUCGAUGCUGGAGGCACCAGGCUGGCGUGAAGACCGUGGGUCAACAGCCGAGCUGUCAUUCUCAAGGGAGGCGCACAUGGCGUAUAUGCGGACUGGGAGCCAAAUUCUUCAAGGAAAGGCUAGCGCCGCACAUUGUUCGCCCUAGCCUCGGGAAUGCAGCACGGUCUAUUGUCAAGGUUGGCGCAAGCGGAAGGUAUGCGAAAAGCCAGAGAUAGCAACGGACAAUUCGAACUCGGUGCGAUGCCGGCAGCCCUGAGGAAGUUCCAUU